GUCCUCUGUAUGGCUGCAGCAAGGUUAUUUCCUCAUGCAUGGAGAAGAAAAAUAUAGGAUUAUUUAAUCAUCAUAUAUACCACAUUCGCCUUGUCUCAUUUUUAAUAAUCAGUCAGUGAUAUUGAUUAUGGCACUGAUAAUCAGCAAGGUAACUUACGUUCCCUCUGCACUGCUGUUACGUUGAUUCAUGCGAUGAGUAGCUUUCCCUAGUGUAAUUUUGAUUGUAAUAGUCAUAUUCAAAUCAGUAUAUGGUUUGUUACAUGAAAGUGAACAUUUGGAACGGGGCGCACGAAUACAAAACCUCAAACACAAGUGGCAUGUAUCAUUGGCAUGCUUAUUGGACAUCCACACCGACAGAUGGCUCCUGAAGAUUUAGCGCUAAGCACCCUGGCAAUUCUCCAUGCGACACCACAAAAUAAUACAAUUCCCCGACCCUGCAUUAAUGCAGUGCACUGGGCCAAGGUUCGAAACCUACCCAGGUGAUCCGGACGCACUGAGCACAUAGGAAUGACAGAACCGCGACUCGGCUGUAGAUUGCGGAAUGCGAGACCGGCCCUCCUACCAAAGGAAAGAUGAAGGAAUGGUGGCUUCUUGUGGGCUUGCUGUGCAUUCCUCUGCUGGCAGUCUACCUGCACAUCCCUCCUCCCCAACUGUCACCAGCCCUUCUGACCUGGCGCUCUGCCGGAGCAUUCUUCACUUUCAGGAGCAACAAUAUAUUCUACAGGGAGACCUAUGGUGCUGUAGGCAGCUCUGAUGUGGUCAUUCUCCUCCAUGGCUUCCCUACCUCCAGCCUGGACUGGUACAAGAUAUGGGAGCCCCUGAAUCGGCGCUUUAACCGUGUCAUUGCUCUGGACUUUCUUGGUUUUGGCUUCAGUGACAAACCUAGGCCCCACCGCUACUCCAUCUUUGAGCAGGCCAGUGUUGUGGAGGCGUUGGUGUCCCACCUGGGUCUGACAGAGCAGAGGGUCAACCUGCUCUCCCAUGACUAUGGAGACACUGUGGCCCUGGAACUGCUCUACAGGAGUGACCACAACAGGACUGGACACUUGACCAUCAACAGCCUCUGUUUGUCCAAUGGAGGAAUAUUCCCAGAAACACACCAUCCCAGAUUCCUUCAGAAGCUCCUCAAGGACUCCAGCUUCCUCUCUCCAGUGCUGACCCGUCUGACCAACUACAUGGUGUUCUCUAAAGGGCUUGGGGACGUGUUUGGUCCUUACACCCAGCCCACAGACGCUGAGUUCUUGGACAUGUGGACAGGGGUCCGCUUCAAUGAUGGGAACCUGGUCAUGGACAGUAUCCUGCAGUUUAUUAACCAGAGGGACGAGCACCGAGACAGAUGGGUUGGUGCUCUCACCUCUACUUUCAUCCCUGUUCAUAUGAUCUAUGGACCCCUGGAUCCAGUCAACCCUCACCCCCAAUUCAUCUUCCUUUACCAGAAACUGGUGCAGAGGUCUACUGUGUCGGUUCUAGAUGAACACAUCAGCCAUUAUCCCCAGCUGGAGGACCCAACUGGCUUUCUCAACGCCUACUUCAGCUUCAUCAACGCCUUCUGAGCCAACUCAUCAGCAUUAGACAUUCUCAACUUGACAUCUGCAAGCAUAACCUGGGUCAUGUUCAUUCGGUCUCACAACGGGAAGGUUAAAACAUUUUGCAAUAGGAAAAACGCAUUUCUUAUUGGAGUUCAGCCCUGUUUCAGUGUUUUCUUCCAUUUGGUGCCUAAUGAACACACAUUUUCACAUCUCCCAUUGUGGAAAAAGUUGUGAAGAUUCAGCUCUGAUUGGGUCAACAAACAUCCAUAAUUGAAAAACCUUCAACCUGGAUGAGAACUGUGCACAUUGAAUCAUAGCUGAUAUGACACACAGUAAUGUUGAAUCCAUUCCUGGUAUGUCAUCAAAGAGCCAAGCCAAGUUGGACAGAUACUGUCUCCUGCUACUCGGUAUGAACAAAAUGACAGUACUGAAUGGAUCAACUACUGCUGUAGGGACAUGGGUGAUCUUUCAUGCUUCCAGUAAGAUUUCCUAAGGUAAUCUCAUCUAUGGCGACAAAUUGAUGGGUUGCAACCUGUUACGAAUUACAAAGAAAAUCAUUUUGAUAUGAUUUCUAGAAAUAAAAGGAGUUUUCCAUAAA